UAUUUAUCGGGAUAAAUCUAAGAUAAGGUAUUUUUAGGGGCGUUUAAAUGCUCCAUUAUGGCCGAUGCCCUGGGCGUUAGCCCCAUCUCACCCUAUACUAACGCCUUGCUAAUAUUAAUAUAAUAUCUUUAGGAUGUCUUACUUGAAUAAUGUAAGAGUAAUUCUGCAACACGUCAGCAAACCAAUAGAUAAAGUGGAACAGAUUGUGACCACUGCUAUCAAAUAUUGGCAAGAAUUAACAUCGUGCAAGCAACACCUGGAAACUGUGCUAGUGUUUGCAUGUGAAUUAGCAAUGUAUUACAAUCGCUGCGGCUCUAUCUGUACGAGUGAGAAACUCUUACAUUACGUUGAAGCAUCGAUAUUGGAUUCUUUAGAUGAAGUUAAUCUGGAUCUAGCUAUAGGUCGUCUGCUAGAGGCGCAGGCUCAGAUCUCUGAUAGCUCAGGUCCAGACACAUUGAGUAAAAUGUCUGCCGUUCAAAGACAUUAUGUCUCUAUUAGCAAUAAUGAAACAACAUGGACAUCGCGACGUUAUCGUUCCCUGUUACUUCGUAUUGGAUGUUGCGCCGGCGCAUUGCUCGGUGGCAGCGGAGCCCGCGCUCUGCUGCUGUGGAGGCGCGCGCGCUCCGCCCUCGCUGCGGGACUUCGCCCCGCCAGCGCACUCCUCGCCGCUCACAUGUAUACACUAUACGUGGAUACUAACUCUGAUGAUGCUGAGGUCAACAUAGAUCGCAUCAAACACAUCUUAGGUCUGCAACCGACAAAUGAAAUACAACCACAAACAACUACACAUAAAAUAAUACAAAACACACCAAAACACACACAAAUCGAGACAAUGCUAAAAAGUUCCACAUUCAGAAGGUUACAAACAAGUCCCAGUUCCCCAUUGAUGACAUCAUCAUUCACUAUGCCUGAAUUUCUAAACCACAAAGAGAAUUGUCAAUGCUACGCCUGUUUAGUACCUUUUAGCUUCAUAAUAACUGCUAGAACUUGUCUUCUAGAAGCUUCUAUGUACUUUAGAAGUAACGAUUAUCAAAUAGCAAGGAAUUACUUUGACGGUGCAACAGAAGCUUUGAAAUUAUCCAAAGAUAAACUUAACAAAGUCAUAGACAAAUCUAAUAUAGAGAAAUAUUUAUGCGAGAUUGUUAAAGAUUUUUGGAAUAAAGAAAUUAAAUUAAUUGAAAUCGAUAUGUUAUUAGAAGAAACUUAUUUCGAACUUUCACAGAAUGAUUUUAAUAAUAUUAAUUUUAAAUUAAUAAGAUUAGAUGAACUUUCAAAAGAAAUCAAAUUAAAUUUAUAUCUAGAAAACGAGAUAAACAAUCUAAUAAUCGCAACAUCUAGACUGAAAAGAGCGAUUAAGAAGAAACAAGAAGAUGCGUUAGAAAUAGAAAUGGAACAUUUAACGCUAAGUCCGAAUACAAAAUUAAUAAAAACUCCAGAAUCUAAAAAAUUACCUAUUCAUUCUACAAAUAAAGUCGUCAAACAAAAUGAAUUGCCUUCAAUUAAUUAUAAAAUAAGCAAAUUAAAUCUUGAUGGUGAAGAUUAUGAUGAAAAGGAACCGAUAAAGGAAAUGAAAAAACCAAAAUUCAAAAUUCCAGAACCGAUUAUAAAUAGACCGAUAUUAGAAACUAUGACUCCUGGUCCGAAAAUUCUGAACUCUGAGACCACAAAACUUCCAAAAACCUCAUUAAAGUUCGAAACCACAACACCAUUACCAAAGACAAGGGUUAAGAUCUUACUGACCCAAGCUAGUCAGGACCAGGGUACUCCGGUCUCGAAGACCGAGGAGUUUUUCACCCCAUCAUCAACUCCGGCGGAACAAUUCUUCACACCGAUGUCGUCUAUGAAAACUUAUACGAGAAAAAGAAGUGCUAUUGUCAAAAAUCUUGAUAAUGAAUUUUCUACACCUAAAGUUGACAUUCAGAAAGAGAAUAAACCAGGUGUCCGCACUAGACGUGCUGUCAGCAGCCGACUGAACAAGGAUCAGCGUUGAACUGAACACUACUACUUUACUGUGUAAUUUUAUAGUUUGUUUCAUAUGAAAAACUAAAUUUUGUUAACAAAAGCUGUUGCGGUAUUAGAGUAGGGCGCUUUUAGAUUAUGGUCGUUGCCCUUAAGAUACCAUAUCUUUGGAAAUUUCCUUCCGAGAACAAAAAAAGGCGCCCUGAAAACAUCGCCCACAGCGCCCGGAAAUGCUAAAUCCGGCCCUGACUAAAAUAACUUGCGUUAGUCGUUUUUUUUUGUAAUUUCUAAAAUUUUUCUUGAUAUCACACUUUUUCUCACAACUAUAUUAUACAAAUUUUCUUUACUCUAUCCUCAUAAUUUUCAUUAAAAUUAUAUUUCUAAUAAAAACAGCAAUAAUAUUGUGUAGGUUUCUGAGGACAAUAUGUCUGUAUAAAACAUAUCCCUGUCAUUAUCUUUAACAACACUGAGAUAGCAUUUUAAACGAAGAUUAUAGUUUUAGAAACCCGCUCUAAAUUGCCUUAAGUCAUUAGUCAUAUAUGGAUUUCUUUCAGUAAACCCUUAGUAAUGAAUUAACUCAGAAAUCUGUACUAAGUAAAUCUUUAAAUGAUUACUUAACGAGUUUGAGAGCGGCUUUUAUAAUGAUGUUAACAAGAUUUAGGUGUUCAUUUGAAACGGUAGUUUUAAGUGGUUAUUUUCAUCAAAUUGUGUUCGUAUUUUAUAAUUUUAUUAAUAUAUUGAAUUGUAA